AUGGGCGUCUUUGGCUCCUGGAAGGUCAAGACAUGGCCGCUCUUCAUCCCGCUGGCCCUGUCGAUCGCGGCCUUUGUGCUGUCCAUGAUUGCCCUCUUUGCCGGCACUGGGCCGCAGCAGCAGGCUCUUGAGGAGUACCAUAUGCUUUCUCUCAAUGUAUCCGGCUUUGGUCAAGAUCUUCUCCCCAGCUCGACCGAGAAUGACCCGGCCCAGCCGUCGGAAUCUAGUAGCGGCGGCUUCUGGGACAGCCUUGGCGACACCCUGGGCGACAUUGGCGACGAUAUCCAGGACGCUGUGACCGACCAGGUCAACGACGUCAUCGGUGAUCUGGCCGACGAGAUCACCGACAAGCUUGGUAUCUCGCAGUGGUACAGCCUGCAUGUCAUGAACUGGUGCCAGGGCGACUUUGCACCCAACUCGAGCGUCGUCGGAGCGUGGUACAACACGACAAACUGCACCGAGAGGGCCGCCGGGAUCCGCUUCAACCUCACCGAGAUCCUGAACCACGAAAUCUCCGUCGGUCCCUUGCAUUUCAACACGGCCGAGAUACCCCUCCCCGAACGCGUGGAGAGGGCCGUCGAGGACCUCAACUCGGCCCUCUUCGCGCUCUUUGUGCUCUUCGUCCUCGGCGCCGCCCUGUCCGGCUUCUCCAUCCUGCUCACCCUGGCGACCAUUGCCUUCAGCGUGCUCUGGGGCCGCAGGAACGGCCACCGCCGGCAGGCGGGCCACAAGAAGACCAUCAUCGGCAACGCCGUCUUCAACUUCCUCGCGGUGGUCGUGCUCGCGGUCGCCGCCGCCAUCGCGACCGUCAUUGCCCGCAAGGCCUCGGCCGAGAUCACGGACGCCGGCGACGAGGUCGGCAUCUCGGCCAACGCGGGCAUGAAGUUUAUCGGCCUCUGCUGGGGCGCCUUUGGGGCCAUGUUCCUCGCAUUUGUGUUCUGGAGCUCCCUGUGCUGCUUCCCCCGGGUCACGUACCGCAAGUCGCGUGUAUAA